AUGGGGUCAAAAAUAAUUGCAGCGUAUGAUGAUGAUUACAAAAAAUACUACCCCGAAAAUUGGUCUGGCAUUACUCUUGAGGAACAGCAAAAUUUAUUUGAUCACAUGCUAAUGUAUAUUGUACAGAAAGAUUUACAAAACAAAUGUGGGGGCAGAUUAAUUGAUUUUGAUAUGGAAUGGGUAACGCAAGGUGUUGAAAUUAUGGAUGAAUAUGCACAUUUUUAUGCCGGUGAUCUAUAUACAGAUAUAAUAUUUUAUGGUCUUGACGAUAUUAAAUGGGACAAUACUUGUGAUGGAGAAUAUUAUCGUGACACUGUUGUAAUAAAAAGGUUAUACAACAUGUAUUUUGAGUACUAUCAUAAUCAUACAGUAACAUUUAAUAAUGUGCAUACAUAUAUGGAGACAUUUAUGGAAGUUUGA